ACAGUACAAAUUAACGGAUAUAAAUGGAUAUAUAAUGAAAUUUGUGAUGCUCACGGAUAGAUAGAAACUUAUAUGUGCGUGAUAAACGUAGAAUGUUGUUUGAAAUAUAACUUAAUGGUUCCCUUGAGGAUACAGCACCGAUGAACCAAAAUAGUUGAUUGGUGGAUAGUACGGAUAGGAUGUUAAUAAGUAAAAACAUUUCAAAGGAAAUGCACUAUGGCAUUUAGCAAUCCAUGUGUGAUGUGUACAUCUCAAGGGUCAAAACAAGGCCUGAUAGAUGCGGAAGUAAUAUAUGAACGCGCUCGUAAAUGCUCAUCGACGGAGGAAUCCCAGGUAUUAAAACACGAAAUUAUGCAUAGACUGAGGGAUUAUGUUUCGUCAAAUACUAACGACCCUGCUGUAUAUAAGAUGUUACAAAAUGCUUUGACGAAACUAAAAGCGUCUGAAUAUACAGGAGGCAGCAACAAGUCUUUCACGUUCCGCUCCGUAAGGACUAGGAUUACAGAUAAGGAGUGUAAUAUGGAACAAUCUGCAGCACCGCAAGAUGAAGCGACAAAUAUAAACCAUUGUAAUUAUCAACCCGGAAUAAGGCUACAAAAUGGCACCCUCUAUAUAACUAUGGUCAAAGGAAUUGACGUCGUUCGUGAUAAUGUUACAUUGGAACAUGUAGGUAGUGUUAUUGUAAAAAAUGUGGAAAGAUGCCGAAUAGUGCUGAUGGGCAGAAUCGAGACAGCUUAUCUAUGCAACGUAAAAGAUAGCAUUGUAUGGAUUGGGGUUGCAAGCUCUUCUGUGAUUUCGGAGUGGAUAGAGUCCUCGAGGGUCAUUGUCUCUUGCCGACAGCUGAGAAUAGCAGACUCUAUAGGCGUGAAAUUUUUCGUUAACACUGUAACACCACCUAUUAUUGAAAGAAGCAAAGGUAUCACUGUUGCGAAGAACCAUAUCAAUUACCCUGAUCAAGAGCACGAUGCAAAGAUUUCAGGUAUAUCGCCAUGGCACGGUGAUGGUAAUAUAACAGUAACCGAUUUUAGUUGGCACCAUGCUGCGAUGUCGCCAAAUUGGAAACCAUGCCCCCCCCUGCCGGCUGUGAAGCUAUCCACCAUUGAGGUAAUCCAUGAUGAAAUCGAAUCAGUUUGCAACACUAUCACACUUUCAAACGAAUCGUGGGAAUCUCUCUCAAGUCUUUGAAGUGGUUUCCGCAAUUUGCUGCGCUAUGGUUAACGUCCAUUUACCUCGAUUAUGUCACUUGAAUGGAUAUCGCAAUAAUCUUAUGUGUGAACAGGUCUCACCUUUGGUAUGAUGCAGGUAAUUGGAAUCACUUGGGUUACUGCAAGAUACCGCCUAAUAUAAACUUAUAACCUA